UAAUAUUACUAUUAUGUACCGACUUCGGAUUUCAUAUAACAUAUAUUACAGAUGCGUUUAGUAUUUGUAAAACGUUUGUUUUAAAUACAAUUUUCGAUAAAUUAUAGUUGAUACACACUGUCUAUGGUACUAGACACAUAGGUAUAAAACUAAAAAAAGAGAAAGUUUUAAUUCGAAGUAGUCUCGUACCAUUUCCAGAAUUUAUAAUCAUUUUCUAUAAGUUUUUUCUCAUACCAAUCAAUUUUUAAACUAUUUUGAAAGUACAGUAGUUCAAUACUUGUUGGUUUAUUAGAGUGCCAAAUAAACAAAAUGUUUCAGUUAUUAUUAUAUUACUUUAAAAUAAUUCAAUAUCAAGUUUUUUAUUACUUUAUGGGAGUUUUUGCGGUUUUUGAUGAUUUACAAAAUCGUAGUUUUAAUAAAUUUGACAUUGUAAAUAAACGAGGAAAAGUAGCUGUUGUAACAGGAGGAGCACGAGGGAUUGGUCUGGAAGUUGUAAGAAAAUUGAUAGAAUGUGAGAUGCAUGUCAUAAUUGGAUGUCGUGAUGUAAAGGCUGGACAAAGAGCCAUUCAACAACAUAUUUCAACAGAUGCCUCUAUUGAAAUAUAUGCACUUGAUCUUAAAUCAUUUACAUCUGUAAAACAUUUUACUCAACAAAUAUUAACAAAACAUGAUCAAAUUCAUUUACUUAUUAAUAAUGCUGGUGUUAUGGCUGUACCAUUUGAAAAGUGUGAAGAUGGUUUUGAAGCACAUUGGACUGUGAAUUACUUGAGUCAUUUUUUAUUAACGGAAUUACUUUUACCAGUUUUAAAAAUGUCUGGAUUAGAAGAUGAGAAGGCAAGAAUAGUAAAUGUAUCAUCCUGUGCUCAUGAACUUUCUCCUAUAAUUAAUUUUGAAAUGAUUAAUAAUAGUCAAGGAUACAUCAGAAAUGCAGCUUAUGCAAAAUCUAAAUUAGCUCAAAUAAUGUUAACAAAGUAUUAUAAUAAAAAAUUAUCUAACACUAAUGUAAGAGUUUUAGCUGUGCAUCCUGGAGUAGUUAAUACAGAAUUAUUUAAGGAUACAUUCUUAAAAAUGACAGCACCUUGGAUUUUGAGAUUCAUUUGCAAAACUCCAGAAGAAGGAGCAAGAAGUAUUGCUUAUGCUAGUGUUUCUCCAAGAUUAGAAGGAUGUGGUGGUUACUAUGGAAAUUGUCAACCUUUGAAAAAUUUACCUUAUGCAGAUGAUGAAGAAACGCAAAAAAAACUUUAUGAUACAUCUAUGGCUAUGGAUAUUUUCCAGCUCCUUCCCCCAAUUUAAAUACGCCAUUGAUUUCAGUGUUCUCCAAUAUUCUUCUAAAAACACUAUUUUAAUCCAAUGUCAUUAAACAGAAAUGUCAUGUUACCAUUUAACUGAAAUACACUACACUAUUAAUAUUUGAUUUUGAACUUUUUGAGGCACUCAAUUGGUAUAUUUAU